AUGAAGAGUGGACGGAGACUACUGGGUAUUCUUCUCGGUGGAGCAGAGGUUAAUAUCACUUUCCGACCGACAAGCUUAUUUCGCCCCUUAGAGCUGGUUGUGACGUCUGAUUCCAGAAGCCGGCCUGGCACAGUGGAUCCUCUCAUCCUGACGAUCACUAGAUUAUCUUCCCACUGCCACGGAAUACGAGCUGGAGACUGUGCGCGGGUCAUAAAGUACCGGGUUAGACUUAACAGUCUUGACUCGCGGGACAAGGGCUCAAACCCAUCCAGAAAGAUGACUGCGGAUUUGUCCCGUCCGGGAGUUUCACCAUGCGAUCCAUGA